GUACGACUGCCCUGAUUUUGCAUACACGCAGGAAACGAAAAAGGGUACUACCACGAGAUUCAAAACAAAGUUUAUCAUGUCUGCAUAUCUAAGUGUCCAGCAUUCAUCUUCCUCAUCACUGCCGCCGUCCUCAUCAUACUCUGCCGACUUACACUCAACGUUGAAUGCUUCAUCAUCAUCCAAUUUCGCAUCGGCAUAUUCUUCACAAUCGUCGCCCUUGUCCUCAAGGAACCAUGAAAAUGAGGUUCAGAAUUCAAAUAAUGAGGAUCCUUACAAAUUUGAAGCGAGUAGGAUUUUGAGUGGAAUAUACGGUCUUCUUGUCACGUUUGUGGGAAUUUGUAUCAUUAAUGCUGCGGUUAUUAUUCCUGGCGAGGCUCCCAGUAAAUCAGUGUCAUCAGCUAAUUCAUCAACGCCUCCUCCUGGACUCAAUACAAUAUAUAAUAACAACUAUCUGGCAUUUGUGUCAGCGAUUGGCCUGUUAUUUAUAUUGUCUACAUUCGCUUAUGAUGUUUAUAUUUAUCGUACUUAUGUUACGUCGAUUAUUGAUACCACGUCAAGCAACACGUUACAAGGCCUUGCUAUCCUCAUCAGCGAUCGUUAUCGUCUUCUUUAA